AUGGCAAACUUACGAACAUUCUCCCUCGUGAUUGCGCCCCAAAUCCCACGCAUGGGCUUUUGCAUGCCUCCCAGGGUUUUGGCCACUUUACUCGAUGCUCUUCCAAGGGAGUGCACAAAUCUAGAACUCGAAUUGAAUGGGCUCGAGCGUUACUGGCCAGUGUCGGAAAUUGAUUCAAGUGAUUCUGUGCAUAUCUGCGAUCUCAUCAGACAGAGGCUCCCGAAACUCAAACAUUUACGACUCGGAAUACUCUCCAUAUGUCCGGCCUUGUUUGGAAAAGCUCAUGUACGCAAUGAGUCGGCCGAUAUCGCGGACUUUCCAGGAUACUUGAUGACGAAGGCUCCGUUUUUAGAAUCUUUGAUCAUAUCCCGUGUGUCUCGGGCUGUCGAUCCUGCCGUAGUUUAUGGGCCACUGCAAAGAACCUGUCAAGCAGAACAAGAACAUACGACCAAUGAACUACCCUACUCUGAAAUUACGGAGAAUUUACAAGCAUUUGCAAGCCAGACACCUGCACAGAGCUGCAUAUGUCUUUUCGAUUCUGUGCUGGGCUCCGAGUGGUCGUGGGAUACUUUCUUCCGACGUGAUAUCAAGAAAAACACUACUUUGGCUAUCCCAUUCGAUGAUUGUGGAGACGAUUCUAUAUUCAGUACUGUUAUGCGUAUGCCUGGACAGGGUGGACUCCCAGAGGAUAUUAUCUCGCGCUUUUUUGUCGUUCGAUCUGUAGCCGAGGGUCAGUUUUGGAAAGAGACCACUAAUGGUUUCCGGCUGCCGGCAUCGUGUCUAGGUGAUGAUGGUGCCAUUCAGUACAUUCCCCAACCCCUGGAAACGUACAGUAUCUCACAGUAUCUUCAGUAUCAUUCUCCCUAUCCUUGGUUUGAGCCGUUUGUUUGGGAGAAAGAGCUGAAAUCCGGGGCGAGGCUGUUGGAUGCCGAAUGGCGCGAUGGGGUCUUUGAUGAUUCUCCAAUUCCUCGAAUUCAAGCCUGA